AUGACUUGGUUCGGCGACGACUCCAACGAGGCCCAGGCUUACGAGCAGGUCACCAACGCGCCCCACAAGGCCGAGCUCUCGCACGAGCUCAUCGCUGCCGCCGCCUCUUACGAGGCCGCCAAGGCGUACGAGAAGCACGUCUCUGCCAACGGCAAGCCCGACAGCCACGCUCAGGCUAAGGAGAUCCUUGCCGGUUUCGCUGGUGCCUUCGUUGACCGCAUGGUCGAGACCAAGGGCCUCGACUUCGUCGACAAGGAGGAGGCGAAGUACAAGGCGCACAAGCAGCUCUCGGAGGCUUCCUCCCAGGACUACUAA